AUGUUUACAACAUUUGACGCAAUUGAAAAAAAAUUAAAUGAAUUUUUGGAAGAGGAUUUUAAUUCUAUCUUUGAUAAUUCUAACACUGAUCCCAAUAUACAUGAUAGAUUCAGUAGAAUUUAUCAAUUACAUGAUUUUUUAAAUUUGAUUGAUCGGUUAGAAUUACAAAUAUAUAAUGCAGCUGUUGGAACAGCACUGGGAAGAUUACCACAGGCACCCCGUGCAAGUAUUAUAUUUUUUCGUACAAAUCGUAAAGUUUGUGAUGAAUGGUUUUCUCGUGUCAGAACUGGAAUUAUAAAAGGGGCUAAAAUUGUUGGAGAUGAUGCUAUGGCUUUAAAACAUGGCUAUCAGUCUCUUUUGAAUCAAAUCAAUAUAUUAAAAGGCGAAGCGACUGUCAAUAGAAUGGAGUUACUGAUGGAAUUUCAAGAAACACUUAUGAAUAUUGUUCAAAGCCUUCAAAAAAUACAUGAACCUGAUAGCAUUGCUGGCUUAUUAGCAUGGAGUCAACGUAUCCUUUUGAACUUUGAAAAUCCCGAUUCAGGAAUUUCAUCAAUGAUCAAUGAGUCAUCUCUCGAAGAAAAAAAUCAUGACAAUUCAACUUUACAACCAUCAACUGCUUCUCUUGUAUUACUUCAGCGUAAACCAAACAAUAAAACUGUUCCUGCUCUUGCCCAUUUUUAUUGGGCAGAUGAGCAUUGA